GGAAAUCCAUCUGGUUGCUGUAGAUAAUUGCAGGGUUCGCUGAUGCAGUUUCCGCAUUUAUGACGAAUCGACGCAUAUUUCUUAAGAAGGAAACGUACAUGCAUAUCUCUUGGUUCCCCUUUGUAUGUGCUAAAGUUAGAUGUAACAAUGGACAUACUUCCGUUGAAUUUUCGAAUUCUACGAUACUGUGGCAUUUGGUAUGAAUUGCCGGAGCACUUAUGGCUCGUCAAGAUAGUUUACAAGAUAUUCGUUGUUGUUGUGAUUUUUUCCUUUACUCUCUCGGAACUCAUAGAACUGGCUCUGACUUACGACGACUUGCAAAACUUAACGGAAUGUCUUUUCUUGACGCUGACCUUUUUGGCGCUGUGUUUUAAAAUGAUCAAUUUCAUGUGUCGACAAGAGAGUUUGAAAGCGCUUCUGAAUACUUUUCGAGAUGAAAUUUGUCAGCCGAAGACGUUGGAAGAAAAAGACAUCAUCGAAAAAAAUAGGAGUAUGUUGAGAUUGUUCUGUAUAUCAUAUUUCAGUUUAGGAAUAUUAUCAGGUUCGACGCUUGUCUUCGUACCUUUUGCAAGUUUCAAAAGCAGCAAGAUUGAGCUUCCUAUAAAAACGUAUCAGCCGUACGAUGUCGAAGAUUUCGUGCUGUUUUCGCUAACAUAUUUCCAUCAGAUUUUGAGUAUGUAUUUAGGUGUUUUGAUUAACGUUUCUUUGGAUAUGCUAGUAUGUGGAUUUAUAUUUCUGACAUGUGGGCAAUUGGAUCUUUGUUAUUAUAGAAUAGUUUCUAGUAAUAUGUAUACCAUGAAUAAUAAUAUAAGGCAUCAUGCAGUAACAAAAGAUAUUGUCAAAAAAAUGCAAUCCUUUUCUAUAGUCGUUGUUGUGCCUCUUUUCAUUUUUAGUUUGAUAACGCUCUGCACUAGCUUAUUUUUAAUGCCAGAGAAAGAAAUCAUGAGCUUCGAAUUCAUCACAUUGUUUAUAUAUCUCACGUGCAUGUUAACUCAAAUAUUUUUAUACUGCUGGUUUGGAAAUGAAUUGCAAUUGAAGGUACGGAAAUUUGCUAUAGCACGUAAUAACUGACAUGAUGAAAUCGAGUUUUGUCAUGUCAAGAAAUAAAGUUUACAAUGAGCAAAACUAUAUCCGAUGCAGUUUACCACAGCAAUUGGACUCGUUUGACACCCAAGCUAAGGAGAAAUCUUCUUUUCACUAUGUUCAUAAGUCAGAAUGGACUGAUGAUUUCGUU